ACUGAGAAAGGAAAUCUCAAGAAAAGGAUGGGAAUGAUAAAAAAAUGACGACAUAGUUAAGAAAAUAAAUGUUGACACAAUUGCAACAUAGUUUUUCCCGCUAAAAUUGGGAAUCCCCAAUUUAUCAAUUAGGGUUUGAGUAAACCACAUAACCCAGCACACGAUGUUCUCAUCAUCUCGCCACGCCCACACUCUUUUGGGUCCAAUUAGCACCCACCGUCUUUACUCUUACUCCAUCCUAACCCACCACCAUCCCUUUCCAUAUAAAUCUUUCCCUCUUAAACCAACUAUAACCAGAACCAAACUACCAACCUCUUCAUCACCAAGAUUUGUGUCUCUCGCUAGAAAAAUGGGUUCUCUUUCAAUCGCCGAGAAAUCUCCAUUAGAAUACCCUUUUGCUCGUAGAGAUGAAUCUGUUGUUGACGACUACCACGGUGUUAAGAUUUCUGAUCCUUAUCGGUGGCUGGAAGAUCCUGAAUCGGAAGAAACGAAAGAAUUUGUAGAGAAAGAAGCGAAUUUGACAGAAGAAUUACUUAAAACAUGUGAAACAAGGGAGAAACUAAGAGAACAAAUUACCAAAUUGUUUGAUCAUCCUAGAUAUGAUACUCCAUUCAAGAAAGGGGAUAAGUAUUUUUACUUUCAAAAUACAGGUCUUCAAGCACAAAGUGUUUUAUAUGUGCAGGAUAGUUUGGAUGCAGAAGCUGAGGUAUUGCUUGACCCUAAUGGGUUAAGUGAAGAUGGAACUGUAUCAUUGAAUGUAGCUGAUGUAAGUGAGGAUGCUAAGUAUUUGGCUUAUGGACUUAGUUCAAGUGGUAGUGAUUGGGUUACCAUUAAAGUUAUGAGGGUUGAAGAUAAGUUUCUUGAGCCCGAUACUUUGUCAUGGGUUAAGUUUUCUUCUAUCACUUGGACUCAUGAUAAUAAAGGGUUCUUCUACAGUAGAUACCCUGCUCCCAAGCAAGGAGAAGAAUUAGAUAAGGGGACCGAGACGAAUUCAAAUCUUAAUCAUCAGGUUUAUUAUCACUUCUUGGGUACAGAUCAAUCUGAAGAUGUUUUAUGUUGGAAAGAUCCAGAAAAUCCGAAAUUUCUGUUUGAGGCACAAGUUAUGGAUGAUGGGAAGCAUGUUCUUUUGUACAUUAACGAGAGCUGCGACCCAGUCAACAAGCUUUAUUAUUGUGACCUGUCAACACUUCCCAAUGGGCUCGAAGGGUUUAAGAACAGAACUGACAUGCUUCCUUUUGUUAAGCUUGUUGACAAUUUUGAUGCAAGUUAUAGAGCUAUUGCAAAUGAUGACACCCAGUUUACCUUUCUGACUAAUAAAGAUGCUCCAAAGUAUAAGUUAAUCCGGGUUGAUCUCAAGGAACCAAGUGUGUGGACCGAUGUCAUUGAAGAAUCAGAGAAAGAUGUCCUUGAAUCUGCUUAUGUUGUGAAUGGAAACCAAAUUCUGGUGAGUUACUUGAGCGAUGUUAAGAAUGUUCUGCAGAUAAGGGAAUUGAAAACAGGUGAACUGGUACAUCGGUUGCCCCUUGAAAUUGGCACAGUCUAUGGGAUUUCUGGAAGGCGCAAAGACAGUGAGGUUUUCAUUGGAUUUACUAGCUUUCUCACCCCUGGUAUUAUAUAUCAAUUCAACUUAGCAGCGGAGGCACCUGAAAUGAAGAUAUUCCGUGAAAUUGUGGUUUCUGGAUUUGAUCAUACUGAAUUCCAGGUUAAUCAGGUUUUUGUACCUAGCAAAGAUGGAACUAAGAUACCUCUCUUCAUUGUGUCCAAGAAGAAUAUUAUAUUGGAUGGCUCACAUCCUUGUUUAUUGUAUGGUUAUGGGGGUUUCAACAUUAGCCUUACUCCAUCCUUUAGUGUCAGCAGAACUAUUCUUACCAGGCAUUUAGGAGCUAUCUUCUGCAUAGCGAACAUUCGCGGUGGUGGGGAGUAUGGAGAAGAAUGGCAUAAAGCAGGGUCACUAGCAAAAAAGCAGAAUUGCUUUGAUGACUUUAUAUCUGCUGGAGAGUAUCUCGUGUCCGCUGGUUAUACCCAGUCCAAAAAGCUGUGUAUUGAAGGUGGCAGCAAUGGUGGACUUCUAGUGGCUGCUACCAUAAAUCAGCGACCUGAUCUUUUUGGCUGUGCUCUGGCUCAUGUCGGUGUAAUGGAUAUGCUACGUUUCCACAUGUUCACCAUAGGCCAUGCAUGGACUUCAGAUUAUGGCUGCUCAGACAAGGAGGAAGAGUUCCAAUGGCUUAUCAAAUAUUCACCACUUCAUAAUGUGAGAAGACCUUGGGAGCAGCAUCAGGAUGAAAAAUACCAGUAUCCUCCUACCAUGUUGUUGACUGCUGAUCAUGAUGACCGGGUUGUGCCAUUACACUCGUUGAAGUUAUUGGCAACUAUGCAAUAUAUACUUUGCACAAGCUUGGAGAACAGCCCACAGACCAACCCAAUAAUUGGUCGCAUUGACCGCAAGGCUGGCCAUGGAGCUGGACGCCCGACCAAGAAAAUGAUUGAUGAAGCCGCUGAUCGGUAUAGUUUCAUGGCUAAGAUGUUGGGAGCUUCCUGGAUUAACUAGAAUAACUUCACUUACAUUUACAGUAAAGCGAAAAAUACUGUGAAGAUAGAUGGAAUCACUAUGGUGAAUACGGAUUUUCUAUUCAUUUCCAAGCCGAUUAUGGGGCUUCAGCUCUUAGCUGUUAUCUCCCUUGUGCCAUUGUUACAAUUCUGCAGGGAUUUUUUUUCUUUUCCAUAGUGAUUAUGAAUAUAUGAAAUGCUUCAAAAAAGGAAGGUUUACGUGUUUCGGUAUACAGACUUCGAUUUUUUUUUAUAGACAUUGACGUAAAGUCAAUUGUUACUCUGUACAGUUUUAUAGUUUGUUUCAGAGUGUUACUAAAGAUCUCUCAGCGUAUGUAGUAUUGUUUGUGGACUUUUAGAAGUACCCAGUGUGUUAUUGAAACCCAACAGGGUCAAGUUGUGAA